AUGAUAAAUCACUCACAUCCAGAAGAAAUCUACUAUUGCCCGUCAAUAUGGCCGUUAGGCAUGCCGUCGCCCCAUUUGAUCACUUGGUCAUUUUUUACCGCCCUUUUGUCGCCAAUCACCAUCGUCUCGAACGCAGCACUAAUUUAUGGACUGUACAAAAUGGAGCAGCUAAACACGAUCACAAACAAAUUCAUUCUCGUGAUGAAUAUAUCAGAUCUUGGAACUGGAAUAUUUGUUCUGCCAUCCAUAGCUGCAAUGGCAGCUUUAAAGGACAAGUACCGAAACUGUGUGUUUGAACUGGUUCUUCAUUAUGGCGCCUUUCUUCUCGCUUAUUUCUCCUUUUUCAUGUUGAUGUGCGUAUCUAUGGAUCGUUAUCUUCACGUGACGAAGCUCAAAAAGUACAAUAAGUUCAUGAACGAAUUUCGCAUGAAGGUGAUCGUUUUGUUUAGCUUCGUAACCUCGGCAAUAAUCGCUUACAUAUCGAUCGCGUUUCCUUCUUUCCCUCUGCAAGUCGCGUUGAAUUUAUCCGAUCUUUUUGGUGUUCUGUUUAUGUUCAUAUUGUAUUCGAUGGUGUUUCGCAGAAUUGCCACUCAUGCGGAGAAAAUUAAGAGAAUGCUGAGUGAUGCCGGAGAAGAUUCGGGUAACCGAGAAACAAGACGAGAAAUCUCGGCAACGAAAACGAUUCGUUUUGUCCUAGGUGCUUUGUUGGUACUGUAUUUACCGUACAACAUUUGCUCCGCAAUCUGGGCGUAUUACAAAUACCAGAAGAAGCGGAAUCCCCCAUUAAUCAUGAAUUUCCUAGAAUAUUGGGCUUAUGUUAUCGUGUUUAGUAAUGCAGCAAUAAAUGCUAUCCUAUUCGGAUAUGGUAAUAGCGUUGUGAGGAGAUUCUUAAUUGGACGCAUUAGCAGGAGUCAAGUUGCUCCCAGCAGCGUCGUGAGUGACGUCACCAGACCUCCUGAAAUCGCAAGCAAGGUAUAG